AACACAAACGCACAAAGUCUCAUAGCUCCCUCCAAUCUUCUCGGCAGCCUCCAGACCAGCCUAGAUCCGAGAGCUUGUGAUCGAUCGAACCCUUGCAAGCAUGGCUUCCCCUUCCCGGGUGCCGAAGGAGGUGCCGGGCAGCUACGGCUUCCCGUACGUCUCGGCCAUCCGCGACCGCCUGGACUUCUACUACAACCAGGGCCAGGACAAGUACUUCGAGUCGCGCGUCGAGAAGUACGGCUCCACCGUCGUCCGCAUCAACGUGCCGCCGGGCCCCUUCAUGGCGCGCGACCCGCGCGUGGUGGCCGUCCUCGACGCCAAGAGCUUCCCCGUCCUCUUCGACGUCACCAAGGUCGAGAAGAAGGACCUCUUCACCGGCACCUACAUGCCCUCCACCUCCCUCACCGGCGGCUACCGCGUCUGCUCCUACCUCGACCCCUCCGAGCCCACCCACGCCAAGGUCAAGCAGAUGCUCUUCUCCCUCCUCGCCUCCCGCAAGGACGCCUUCAUCCCGGCCUUCCGCACCCACUUCUCCUCCCUCCUCGCCACCGUCGAGUCCCAGCUCGUGCUCUCCGGCAAGUCCGACUUCAACGCGCUCAACGACGCCACCUCCUUCGAGUUCAUCGGCGACGCCUACUUCGGGGUGCUCCCUUCGGCCUCGGAGCUGGGCACCACCGGCCCGACCAAGGCCGCCAAGUGGCUCAUCUGGCAGCUCCACCCGCUCGUCACGCUCGGCCUCCCCAGGAUCCUCGAGGAGCCGCUCCUGCACUCGUUCCACCUCCCCCCAUUCCUCGUGAGCGGCGACUACAAAGCGCUCUACAAGUACUUCUCCGCCGCAGCAGCCAAGGCGCUCGACACGGCCGAGACCCUCGGUCUGAAUCGCGAGGAGGCGUGCCACAACCUGCUGUUCGCGACGGUCUUCAACAGCUACGGCGGCCUCAAGGUUCUGCUCCCGGGCAUCCUGUCCCGCAUCGCGGGCGCCGGCGAGAAGUUCCACCAGCGGCUGUCCGCGGAGAUACGCGCCGCCGUGGAGGACGCCGGCGGGAAGGUCACGAUGGCGGCGCUGGAGAAGAUGGAGCUCACCAAGUCGGCGGUGUGGGAGGCGCUGCGGCUGGACCCGCCCGUCAAGUUCCAGUACGGCCGCGCCAAGACCGACCUCGAAAUCGAGAGCCACGACGCGGUGUUCGCCGUCAAGAAGGGGGAGAUGCUCUUCGGCUACCAGCCGUGCGCCACAAAGGACCCCCGCGUGUUCGGCGCCACGGCGGCGGAGUUCGUCGGGGACAGGUUCGUCGGGGAAGAAGGGAGCAAGCUGCUGCAGUACGUGUACUGGUCCAACGGGAGGGAGACCGAGAGCCCCAGCGUGGGCAACAAGCAGUGCCCGGGGAAGAACCUCGUCGUGCUCGUCGGCAGGCUCCUCGUCGUCGAGCUCUUCCUCCGGUACGACACCUUCACCGCCGACGUCGGCACCGACCUGCUCGGCACCAAGGUUGAGUUUUCCGCAGUCACCAAGGCCACUUCUGGUCCUGAGGCUGUAUCAAACCAGCAGCACUAGUCGGGAUCAAGAUCAACGGCAGCAAGACGUACUUUCCCCAGUCAUUGAUCGAUCCUCACCGUCAUACAUAUCAGUGUUGCAUGCAUGCAUGAUGCAUCUUAAUUCCUUUCGGUUGCUUCCCAGCAUGUUUAUUCUUGUAAUAAGGACUUUUCGGUAAUAAUAAGAUUCUCCCUCAGGGUUGGAGGAUA